AGUAGUGUUUCAACUCUUUGUCUACUCAAUAGUAAUGUUGUGAUUUACAUUUAAUUUGAUAAUAAAUUGUUAUUUCUUAUAAAGUUAAUAAGGUAUUAAGAUUCUUGCUUGCUUUUGUUUGAAGGAGAAAAUCAUCAACAGGCGUCAAUGAGAAGCGGGGCGCUUGCAGCAAUGGAGGCAGAGCCAGACCUCAGUACUUUCGAGAACAAGUCAGGACUUGCUGAAGACAUGAAGUUCUUGGCUUCGAUGCCGGAACUGUGUGACGUCACCUUUUUAGUAGGUGACACGAGAGAGCCAGUUUGUGCCGUGAAAGCUGUUCUAGCAUCGAGGAGCAGGGUGUUCCAAAAAAUGCUUUAUCAAGCACCAAGCCCACAGAGAAAGAAGGAGCCAGCGCCGCGUGAAAAUAAACUACGGCUGUUUCUCAAAAGAUCAUCUGAGCCAUUGUUGAAUUUGCAGAAUGCCGCGCAACAGCCGUCUUCUCAGCAGCACCAAACGUUAAUCAUAGAAGAGUUCGAGCCGGACGUAUUCCGUCAACUGAUCGAAUACAUUCACACUGGAUGCGUCACUCUUCAGCCACGGACAUUGUUAGGUGUGAUGAAUGCAGCGGAUUACUACGGUCUGGACGAGCUGCGGCGUGCGUGCGCGGGCUUCGUGCAAUGCUGCAUCACCGUGGAUACUGUGUGUGCUCUCCUCGCCUCCGCUGAGAGAUACAUACAAUACAAGUGCACGAAGUCCUUAGUACAAAAGGUGUUAGAGUUUGUGGAUGAGCAUGGCAACGAGGUCCUCAACCUUGGAUCCUUCACUCUCUUGCCCCAGCAUGUGGUGCGACUUAUUCUGGCCAGAGAUGAACUCAGAGCUGAUGAAUUUACUAAAUUCCAGGCGGCGCUUAUGUGGAGCAAGAAAUACUGUGACACAAACCAGAACAUGUCCCUGAAGGAUGUGAUCGGGAACUUCCUGGAGUACAUACAGUUCCACAAGAUCCCGGCCAAUGUACUGAUGAGAGAAGUGCACCCACUUGGCCUGGUGCCGUACUCCAUCAUAAUGAACGCUCUGGCGUAUCAGGCAGACCCGGCCAGCGUAGACCCAGGCAAGCUGUCUCCAGCGCGAGUGCGGCGCGCGGGCCGCUCUAUGUCGGUGCAGUCCUCGCUCGACCCCUACGGCUCCAACACCACCCUCUCCUCCACCGGCUCGAGCGAUGUUCCGUCUUCUGACUCUCGGCACAACUAACGCGAGGGGAACUCCCCCCAUCCCGCGCCCGAACCCGUCCCUGGCCCUUCCUCCGCUCCACAUACCGCAAUCGCUCCGGAAAAACCACCAGAGAAACUUGGUCUUUUCUCCUCUAUCAAACGCGCCGCAAGCAAGAAGUUUGGAGACCGACGUUCUCCAACACCAAAGACGAGAGAGCCCAGAUCAAAGUCGGAUUCCAUAAAACAUGCCGCACUGACACGACAGGUAUCAGAAACCGUAGCUGCUUCGGGGGAUACAACUUUUGAAAGAUGCAAACCGAGAAAGCGUGACAGUGAAACUGAAUUUCCGGUAAGAAAAUCGACUUCGGAGUUGUCCGAAAGCUUUCCAUUCGUACGACGUGCGCUUGCUGAGAUAGAGAACGGGUUAAAUUACUUUAGAAAGUCUAUUACUUCUGAACCGAGUGAACCUAAAGCGCCACUAGCUAGGGCCGAGCCAGUGGUUGUAGUCGCGGCGGCAGACGAUGAUACACCUUCUUCUCCUCCUCCUCCAAUGGGCUUGAAAGAACGUCGAGGUUCGAGAGGCUCGCCGUGCGCGAACCUUCCACCAUUAAUGUUGCCACCAAGUACUCCGGAUCCGUCGCCCGGUCGAUUAUCACCGAAUCGACUGUCGCCGCAAAGGCCGAAGGAACCUACAUCAGCACCGGUGCCAACUAUCAACCAUCCACCACGACGUUCGCGUACCCGUUCAGAAAUGCCACCGGAUCCUCCACCGAGAUCGCCGCCUACACCGCGUCCGGCGUCUGUUUCACCGAAACAUACUUUUGCCUUUAAAAUCGUGUUGAAAAAAGUAGAAAGCACACCGAAUACAUCAUUCGACCGCCCAGACCAAUGAGAGUAUCUCCUCUAAGCGCGGCCACUGGCCAGUGGUGGAGUACUCGAGGUAGAAACGCGCUUUUCUCCGUUUUCUAGUGAAGCUAGAAUAGAUUUUUAUAUAUCUGAGCAAAAUAGUAAAAAUAAGUCAUAAACUCUGACGUAACUAAACUACGAAAAUUUCUUAUUAUGAAAUUCAGGGGCAGGUCCUCUGUUUAAUUCUACUUAUAAAUGUGUUGAUGUUAAAUGUUUAGAUUAAUUACAUAGACAAUUUUUACUGAGAUGGCGACAGCA